CGCCCCCUCCGUGAACGCUCCGCCCUCGCGCCGGCGCACUGCGCCAAUGAGCGCGCGCCUCUCCGCCAAUAGGACGCGGAGCGGGGAGCGCCUGCGCGGUGCAGGGGGGGGCGGGGCAGCGCAGAGCAGCCACCGACGGGCAGCGGCGAGGGACCCACAGUGCCUGCGACCGGACCCGAGGCAGCGCCGGGGGCUCGCCCCGGAACAGCUCCCCCACGAGUCUCCCUGCCCUGCCCCCCACCAUGCUCGUCCUGCCCCCCGCCCUCACCGAGGAGGAGGAGGCCCUGCAGAAGAAGUUCGCUAAGCUGAAGAAGAAGAAAAAGGCUCUCCUGGCUCUAAAGAAGCAACAGAGUUCGACCAGCCAAGCCAGCCAGGGAGGCAUUAAACGCUCCAUCUCGGACCAGCCCGUAGUGGACACGGCCACGGCCACGGAGCAGGCCAAGAUGCUGGUGAAGACGGGAGCCAUCAGUGCCAUCAAGGCGGAGAACAAGAACUGCGGGUUCAAGCGCUCGCGGACGCUGGAGGGGAAGCUGAAGGACCCUGAGAAGGGACCAGCCCCCACCUUCCAGCCCUUCCAGCGCAGCCUGUCAGCCGACGAUGAGUGCCAGGAGUCCCGGCGCCCCCAGCGGAAAUCCCUCUAUGAGAGCUUCGUGAGCUCCAGCGAGCGCCUGCGGGACCCCGAGAAGGAGCCGGAGGACGAGCGGGACCCCGAAAAGGAGCCGGAGCGCGGCGAGGGGCUGCGCACCUUCGAAUGGGACUACGACCGGGAGCGCAGCCGGGAGCGGAGCCGGGAGAGGGACCGCGAGAGGGACCGUGACCGUGAACGGGACGGCAGCUUCCGCCGGUCGGACUCGUUCCCGGACCGGCGCGCCCCGCGCAAGGGGAACACAGUUUACGUGUACGGCACUGACAUGACCCAGAGCCUGCUGCGCGGCGCCUUCUCCCCCUUCGGCACCAUCAUCGACCUCUCCAUGGACAACCCCCGCAACUGCGCCUUCGUCACAUAUGAGAAGAUGGAGUCAGCGGAUCAGGCCAUCGCUGAGGUACGGCUCCCCGGCCUGGAAAUGCGUCUGGCUCUGGGGCGGGCCCAGCCCCUAGCGCCGCCAUGGGGAGCCCUGACUGCCCGGGGAGAGCCCCCUGCUGGCCUUGCCCCCCAGUCAUGA